AUCGUCUCCAUGGAUCUGGUCCUCUGGAGUCGAAAGACAGCCAUUGGACGCAAAUAGAAGCACCAAUAACAAGAGAGAGAGAGCCAAACGUUGACAGUCAUGGUCACCUGGCCAGAAGCACUACUGAUUCGCCACCAUUGAACACUCUGCCUUCUCUCUCACCCAAAACUCAAAACACCACCAUCAGCGCUAUCACCCCGAGUCGAGCCGGAGAUCGGAGUAACACCAUCGCCAUGGCUGAACAUCCUAUUGUCGACGCCGUGGCCGCCCACCGUCCGCCAUCGCAACGCCAACCAAUCGACGAUUUGCAAAACACCCCAAAGCUUCGUCGUCGUGUUUCUUCGAGUUCCGUCGCCGCCAUUGCUCUUGGAGGGAAGCUGGGAAGCCUCACCGCCGUUGUCCCCUUUUUUGCUUCCCGAUCUGAAAAGAGUAAAAAGGAGAAAAAAGAUAUGUCACACAGGUCUGAUUGGUGGUUGCUAUCAGUGGCAAUCCUAAUAUUGACUACAGUUUCUCAAACUAUACAAACUCAGGAUGGGGUAAAAACUGAAGUUUUCCUAUCCCCCAAGUUUGAGUUGGAACCUGGAUCAGUCUCUAACAAGUUCUAUUACGAUAUCGACUUUCCAAGAGGCCACAUUGCUAUAAAAGAGUUUGUUGCAGAAGUGGUUGAUGAGGCAGGAAACUCGAUCCCACUUCACGAAACAUAUCUACACCACUGGCUUGUUGUAAGAUACUUUAUACGUCAAGGUGUUAAAGCUCCAAAUUAUCACCCCAAUAUGGGGUUCCAAGAACCGGAUUAUAUUUCUGCAAGGAACUCUGGGGUUUGUGGCAGUACCCUUACACAAUAUUUUGGGCUUGGAUCGGAGACGAGGAAGACUGACACUCACGUUCCAGAUCCUUAUGGAAUUGAAGCUGGCAAUCCAGCAGAUAUCCCGCAGGGCUACGAGGAGAAAUGGAUGCUUAAUGUGCAUGCAAUUGAUACACGAGGAGUAGAAGAUAGGUUGGGAUGUACUGAGUGCCGGUGCAAUCUGUAUAAUGUCACCGAGGAUGAGUCUGCAAAAGCUAUCGAGGAUGAUUACAUUGGUGGCUUAAGAUGUUGCUAUGAUGGGACAAGAUGCAGAGUAAAAGAAGGGGUUCAGAGUAUUAAGAGAAGUCUCUACCUAAAGUACACCGUCAAGUAUGUCGACUGGGAGCCAUCCAUUGUGCCUGUCAAAAUAUAUAUAUUUGAUGUCACCGAUACAUGGAAAAAGUCGAAUGAUUCAACAGGGUACAAUUCAAUGCACCACUGCAAGAUUGAAUACAGUGUGGAGCCUUGUUCCACUGCAGCAGCUAAGAGUGGAUGUGUUCAUACUAAAAGAUUAAGUGUGAGUUUUCCAAGUGGUGGGGAUGUUAUCUAUGGUGUUGCACACCAGCACACAGGGGGUACUGGUUCUACUCUUUACGGGGAGGAUGGACGGGCCAUAUGCUCAUCGCUUCCAAUCUAUGGAGAAGGAAUGGAACCGGGAAAUGAAUCUGGCUAUAUUGUAGGAAUGACAACCUGCUAUCCUCAACCUGGCACGGUCAAGAUUGCUGACGGGGAGUCUCUGACCAUUGUGUCUAAUUAUAGCAGCCAUCAAAGCCAUACCGGAGUCAUGGGGCUUUUCUACAUUUUAGUUGCUGAUCCGGUACCAGAAUCUCGUUCUUUCCUUCGUUCUCAAAUUAAGGGUGGUGAGAUGAUGAUACUACCAAAUGCUAUUUUGAUUUUAGCAUUUGUUGGAAUUGCAGUGCUUGGUGUUGCUGUUAUUAUGAGUCGGCGUCGGGGUGAAAGGGAGAAUGAUUAUGAACCUAUAGUGAUGUGAGGGAGGCUUUGCCUUAGAUUGAGAAUUGAUGCUUAAUUAAAUCCAAUCCAACAUGUGAUGUGUUUAGCACUUUGUUAAUCACAUGUAAGUUAGUUUUAUAAUAAGGUGGAUUGCAAUGUCAUAUAUUUUGUAUUCUGUAAGUUGUAUAAGUUGUAUGCUUUCUUUUAUAUACCUCUCUACAAAGUACGAGAUACAACUUUACAGAACACAUAAAAAAAUUUCG